AUGUCUCAAGAUGACGGUCUCUUGCUCUUUCGCAACGCAAUAGCAGCACAAGCCUUACCGGUACUCACAACUUCGCAAGAUGUAAAUACCGCCGAGUCUAAUAAGGUCGACUCCCUUGCCAUUGCGACACAUCUAUACUUUUCGAACCCGUUACCGCAAUGCCUACCGCUAAGUGCCUCUACGCGAUUUGUCUCAACCACACCAGAUACAACUGCGGUCGAUCUAAGAAGCAUAUACUUCGCCUGGGUCAAGAAGGACGUUCCCGUGAAUGAGUAUAUUGCCUUGGCCCAAGAACUGGAUGGCCAGCUCCCCGAAGGCCAACGGAUCCGCAAUUUAGUCUUCGUCGAGCGUCUGGAUCUUAUCACAUGGCUAGAGGGGGCAUCAGAUGAAUCGGAGUACAUCAAGCCUCUUAAGGGUUCAGGUAGUGGCAGCACAGACGUUACGGCUGGAGUGGCCGAUGUUGCAGCCGGUGCUGGUGUUCCUACUGUCUCUGGUGCUGGAGUCGGUGUGGUCCAGCAGACUAGUGUCGGGGGAAGACCCGUCAAGGUCAUUGAUGCGAGACUGCAAGAAAUCUACAAUGGGGAGAGGCUGAUGGGCGAUCGUAAUAGUGUGCUUAGGGGUAUCAAACCUACGGAUUUCUCUCAUGUAAGAAAAACUGCUGAGGCGUUUCUGGGUAGACAUCGGAAACCGCCUCCUGGUCAGCAAAAUCGUCCUGGGCAACCCUUGAAGCCAGGGCCAACCACCCUUGCUAAUCGGCCUCAGUCCGGUCCUCAAAAGGCGGCAAGCUCUCAAUCAAAGCGUCAAGACCCGAUCAUACUUCUGUCGCCAUCAGCAUCUUCGCUUCUGCGCUUGUCAAAUAUAAAGUCGUUCCUUGACUCGGGACUCUUUGUCCCAGCGGAUCAUCCACAGCUUUCGUCCCAGACGUCAACCAACUUGCUCCACAUCACGCGGCCUCUGCGGUCUCUUGACCCAAGCGGGCGCCCAUACAGAUUCAUUAUUGUUGACAGUCCAGAGCAAUUUAAGCCUGAUUAUUGGAACCGUGUUGUAGCCGUCUUCACGACAGGCCAGGUGUGGCAAUUUCGGAGUUAUAAGUGGCGUGAACCACAAGAGCUCUUCGGGCACAUCCUUGGUGUCUAUGUCGGUGAGAGGGGUCAGCAUCCACCAAACGAGAUGUACAAACAAGAGAAGGUAGGAGGUGGAGGGACAGGGAGACGGUCGAAAGCCUAUGGGGAGCUAUCGAAGGCCACAUGCGAAGCAAAGGAGAGUGGCGUCGGUGAAGACUCAGGGCAGGCACCUACACAAGGUGGCGAUCCUGGACUUCAACGAACCUCCAUCCAAUACCGGGGAAUAUUCUUCUUGCCGGAAGAUGCACCGAUUGAAAAGCUUCAGGGACGCCGCCAAUAG